AUGGGCCUAACCACAUUCCUGUUCCUUUUGCCGUUACUCGCACACUUAUCCGAGGCGACUGCGGACGACUCGGCGCAGGUACCAUUUCAUGAUUUCGACCAUGCCGCUUGUCCAGACUACGCAAGCUAUUCAAAAUAUAAGCAUCCCCCGUUCAGCAAUGGGCCCCUCAGAUUACCUUAUCAGCGACCCGAUCCGCGCUGUCGGACCUUCAACAAUGACGCGAUCGAGAAGGUCAUCAAGGAUGUCACCUCGCGGAUGAAGGACCCGGACAUGGCGCGCCUGUUUGAGAACGCGUUCCCCUCGACGACAGAUACAACGGUCAAGUUCCACACCGACGGCAAGACGAACCGCAAGACCAAGCCCCGCGACGAGGACGACGACUACUUCGGCAACAGGGGCGGCAAAGGGGCUUGGGAAGGCCCUCAGUCCUUUAUUAUAACCGGCGACAUCAUCGCCGAAUGGCUUCGCGACAGCACGAACCAGCUGGCGCCGUACCAGCCCCUGGCCAAGAAGAACCAGGCCGUCCGCACCCUAAUCCUAGGCGCCAUAAACACCCAGGCCGAGUACAUCAUCCAGAGUCCGUAUUGCAACGCCUUCCAGCCGCCGCCCAUUGCCAAUCUCUCCCCCAGCCACAACGGGCAGGGCGACACGGUGCACCCCAACUACGACCCAAACUUUGUCUUUGAGUGCAAGUAUGAGCUCGACAGCCUGGCUCAUUUCCUUGCCCUCGGAAACGACUUCUUUGAGAAGACAGGGUCUACCGAGUUUGUCAACUCGCGCUGGCUGCUUGCGCUCGACACCCUCCUCAGCGUGCUCGAGCAUCAGGCGAUGCCGACCUUCAACUCAAAGACUGGCAACUUCAGGCUCAAUCAGUACACGUUCCAGCGGAGGACCACAGCCGGCACCGAGACGCUCAGCCUACAGGGGGUGGGCAACCCGCUCGGCAACGGGACGGGCCUAGUGCGGUCCGCGUUCCGACCUAGCGACGAUGCCAGCAUCCUGGGCUUCUUCAUCCCGGCCAACGCCAUGAUGGCCGUGGAGCUUGGGCGAGCAGCCAAGGCUCUGAAGGCUGCCGACAUGGCCGACAACGCCAUCACCGCGACCGUCGAGAGGUGGAGUAAGACCAUCACCGAGGGCGUCUGGGAGCACGGCGUCGUCAAGCACAAGGUCCACGGUGAUGUGUUUGCGUACGAGGUGGACGGCUACGGCUCGGCGAUUUUGAUGGAUGACGCCAAUUACCCAUCGCUGCUGGCUCUACCCGUGAUGGGAUUCGUUUCAAAGGAUGACAAGACGUAUCAGAACACGCGAAAGAUGCUACUGGCAAAACAGUCCAACCCCUACUACCUCGAGGGCAGGGAUUUCAGGGGUAUUGGAGGACCUCACAUUGGCCUCCAGAAUGCGUGGCCUAUGAGCCUCUUGAUGCAAGCGCAGACCUCGGACGACGAUGAAGAAAUCAAGGGGUGUCUGCAGCUUGUUCUCAAGUCUGCUCUCCUCGGUCUUGUGCAUGAGAGUGUUGACGUUAACCAAAUCACAUCGUACACGAGGAGUUGGUUUGCCUGGGCCAAUGGGGUAUUUGCCGCUACCAUCCUAGACCUCGCUAAGAGGAAACCGUAUUUGAUAUUCACGAAUGACGAGCCCUAUGAGAUGUAA